GCAUAGCAUGAAGGCUCGCUUCGUACACUCAUCUGGUGAGCUACGCGGCCAGGAGGCUGGCCCUUUCUCUAGCUACUCCAAUACCACGUGGUUUCCUCUUUGCAAACAAAAAAAAUGUGAAUUCGAGUCGGUUUAGAGGCGGUGCCAUCGCCAGGCAGAAGGAUCUGUGACAGUGCAGGGUACAACUCGAGGUUGAGGGGCAGAGAGAGGAAAACAUUUCUCCCGAUCCCGCCAUACUUCUACCACUAUUCCACCAUAACCACCAUCAAAUUAAUUCAAAUUGAUCCAUUCUACAUUGUGCGAUUCAUUCGCUUGGGUUGCUGCAGUCAAGGUUUCUCCACUUCAAUAUUGGACUUAAUCAGACUACAACACUACCAUUACGUUAAACUUUUUUUCCUUUUUCUUUUAGUUUUCCUUUGAAAAUAAAUGUAUUUCGUUUUCUUUUACUGCUUGUGGACAUUUGCAAGUGUUUUCAACCUGUGAUCGUCCUGGGUAGAUCUAUCUCGUUGCGUUUUCAAAGAAAAAAAGUUUUGUUGCUCAGAUUUUUUCAUUUAAAUUGGAGGACCUCUAUUUUUCAACAUGAACAAGCUAUACAUUGGAAAUCUCAAUGAAAACGUGACUGCAGAGGACUUGGUUAAAACCUUUGAUGACAACAAGAUUCCAUACUCUGGGCAGUUUCUUAUGAAAACUGGCUACGCGUUUGUUGAUUGUCCAGACGACCAAUGGGCUAUGAAAGCCAUUGAAGCAUUUUCCGGUAAAGUGGAGCUCCAUGGGAAACAUAUUGAGGUCGAACACUCUGUCCCUAAGAAGCAAAGGACCAGGAAGCUCCAGAUCAGAAACAUUCCUCCACACCUGCAGUGGGAGGUGCUGGAUGGUCUGCUGGCCCAAUAUGGAACCGUUGAGAACUGCGAACAAGUGAACACAGACAGUGAGACUGCGGUGGUCAACGUCACAUAUGGAACUCGGGAACAUGCCAGACAGGCUAUCCAGAAGCUGAACGGCUACGAGUUUGAGAACAAUUCCUUGCGCGUCUCCUACAUCCCAGAUGAGACGUCCGAUGUCGACUCCCAACGCGGCCAGGACAACAGUCGUCGCCCCGGAUACGGGUCCCGCGGCCCCCGUGGAGGAUCCCCGGGCUCAGGCAUGCCUUCGAAACACCAGCACGCUGACAUCCCCCUCCGACUCCUGGUGCCCACCCAAUACGUGGGGGCCAUCAUCGGCAAGGAGGGUGCCACCAUCCGCAACAUCACCAAACAAACCCAGAGCAAAAUUGACGUCCAUCGCAAAGAGAAUGCCGGCGCAGCUGAGAAGCCAAUCAGCAUCCACUCCACCCCUGAGGGCUGCUCCUCUGCCUGCCGUAUGAUCCUGGACAUCAUGCAACAGGAGGCUAAGGACACCAAGACUGCUGAGGAAGUACCCCUGAAGAUCCUGUCUCACAAUAACUUUGUAGGCCGACUCAUCGGCAAGGAGGGGCGCAACCUGAAAAAAGUGGAGCAGGACACCGACACCAAGAUUACCAUCUCCCCACUCCAGGACCUGACCGUGUACAACCCAGAGAGGACCAUCACAGUGAAGGGACCCAUCGAGGCCUGUUGUCUGGCCGAGACAGAGAUCAUGAAGAAAGUGCGUGAGGCCUAUGACAAUGACAUGGCCGCCAUGAAUCAACAGACUCAUCUGAUUCCCGGAUUGAACCUUGGAGCGCUUGGCCUUUUCCCCCCUUCCGGUUCCAUGCCCCCUCCCCCACCAGGCAACUCUGCAUCCCCCUACGGCUCUUUUGGGGCCCCUGAACAGGAGACAGUCCAUGUGUACAUCCCGGCCCAGGCAGUAGGAGCUAUUAUUGGCAAGAAGGGACAGCAUAUAAAACAGCUGAGCCGCUUCGCUGGGGCAUCAAUCAAGAUUGCCCCAGCUGAGGCUCCAGACUCCAAGAUGCGAAUGGUCAUUGUAACCGGCCCACCUGAGGCCCAGUUCAAGGCUCAGGGCAGGAUUUAUGGCAAAUUGAAGGAGGAGAACUUCUUUGGGCCGAAGGAGGAAGUGAAGCUGGAGACGCACAUCAAGGUAGCCGCUGCCGCUGCCGGCCGAGUCAUCGGAAAAGGCGGAAAGACGGUGAAUGAGCUACAGAACCUCACUGCAGCUGAGGUGGUGGUCCCUCGCGAACAGACCCCAGACGAGAAUGACCAGGUUAUUGUCAAGAUCAUCGGCCACUUCUACGCAAGCCAGUUGGCCCAAAGGAAGAUCAGGGACAUUCUUACGCAGGUCAGGCAGCAGCAGAAGGGAGGCAUGGGGGAGCGCCAGGGGGAGCGCCAGGGGCCACACCCACAGGUCUUGUCUGAGAUGGGGCCCUCCCAGGGACUGGCACAGGAGCCCCGGCCCCAGAGAAAGUGACGGGGCAGAGGGAUCUUACCGGACAGACAGACAGAAAAACGAACAGAGGAUAGAUGAACGGACGUAUAAAUGAGAGCGACACACGGACCCAGCGAUAGACAGGAGAGAUGCGAGUCAAACUGAGUCAGAGAGAGGAAACACCUGAGAGAGGACAAAGUUUAGAGAGGAAAAAAAGAGAGGAAAAGUAAACUUAGAGAAAACAGAGACCAGAUGCCAGGCCAGAGCGACUGACUGGGAAUGGUGAGUUGUUUGGACGAGGUGGUAGGUAGAGGCGUCCUUGUGUGUUUCAGAGAGGGUCUCUCUCUCUCACACACCAAUGGGGGUCAUUUGGUUCUCCUCAUAUGGAGAGCGACUACUUUCCCUGAUCACACUUGGAUAGGCCAGCCUACUUGAUACUAAACCCAUACUGAGCUCUUAACCAUCUCCAGCCAGUCCUAUAUUUUAAGGGUGGUUUUUUUAAAGAUAAAGAUAUAUGUAUAGAAAUGUUUAUUCAGAGGUAUUAUUAAUAGAAUGCAGUGAUCGGGAGCCGGGAGAGGGGGCGGGGAAGCCAUUGCAGUGGGGGCGGGGUCAUGGAUUAGGUGACCCUUCGUCAGCCAAUGAAAGUUCAGCAGAGGGGCCGCAGUUGUUGACACUGCUCUUUGACUCCUUCGUUAAAAUCUAAGAAGAAAAAAAGAAAAUAUGAGGUUGUAAAUAGAAUCUUCAUGAAAUGUAAAGAAAUGCUGCGCUCAAUCACCUUGCCUUUUUAGGUCGCCUCGAGACUCAGGUUUGCCUCGUUUCCGAGACACUGUUUGUUCCUGAGGUCCCGAUAGGCGUCUGGUGGUAGGAGCAGUGAGAGAUCAGUAAGUGCGUGGAGGCCGCGGCUAGUCCUGCAGUUCUAUUGCAGAGGCUUAGCUCCGAGACGCGGACGAGAACGACCGUAAACUAGCUAGCCAUGCUCGCUGGCGAGCGGCCCACGCCUAAACGGCAUAUUUUAUAUAUAUUAUAUAUAUAUGAUAUGUGAGUUAACCCAAGUCCCUCGGGAGAAUGAAUUGAGGGCAGGGAGAAAUACUGUGUAGCAGUCCUGCAAUGACUGACAGGCAAGAGGUCUUAUUUGAUUUUGCUCGUUGCCUUUUUCAUGCUCAGACCCAAUUUAGACCCAAACCGGUUCUUUGGAACCCCCUGUGUGUUCUGGAUUUCGUUUAAUUGGAUCUACGAAAACGUCAAAAACUAAAUCCAUUGUUUAAUUUGAUAGCAAGCAGGAUUGGGCCCACACGUACUGAGGUCACUAUCGAGUUAGGAGACUAGAUGGAAUUAAAAACAGUACACACAGCAGUCUUUGAGGACCACGACUGCAUGGGUCAGGUGAGUUGAUCCACAGUCCUUGCCUUUAGAUGGAAAGGUAAUAACAGUUAGUGGGGAUGGCUUCCUCUCUCUCUCUCCCCCCCCUCCGCUGAAGGCCUGCUGGUGACGCUUCCAGACCCCACCUAAUGAAGGAGGGGUAGAAGCAUGGGGCGCUCUCACCGUUACUAGAAAAGAUUAGAUAAAAUGAAAUUUAAAAUAAAAACCUACCUCAGGGUAUUGUUACCUCAGUAUUCCUAACUUUUUUUUUUGCUUGCUGGUGUUUUAUAUAAAGCUGAUAGUCCUGAAUAUUUUUUAUUUUUUUAAGAAAAAAUAAAUACAUUUUUUAGGUUUUGUCUUGUUGCUUUGGUUAUUUUUUUCUGUUUUUUUUGUGUGACUUUUAUUUUGAAAAUCAGAAUGACCCAGAGGUGAUGCCCCAGAAGAGAAAGUGAAAUUAGCCAACAAUGGCGAGGUGAUAGAGGACCAUGUCAUGUGUUGUCAUGCCUGCUUUGGGGGCAGCCUCUGGCUCUUCUGAAGUAUGAUUGGAGCAUUCGGUCUUUAAAAUCAGAGUAUUGGCCAAUGGGGAAUUGCGCUGUUAGUCAAGAGGGUCUCUGGGCACAUGUUGGUCCAUACCACACCAUGGGUGUGGGUUAUGAUCAGGUACCGGUAAUUAUGUUUUUCACAUGGUCAAAAGGUUAUUUAUGAUUAUAUAUGUUUGUCAUACAAGCUAUAAUUUGUUAUACUGCUGAACUAGAAUACUGACAGCAUGACAGGACAGGUUUUUGAGGCAGAAUUCCCAUGAUAUGACUUUGACCACUGUGUAUCCGAGGCCCUCUUGUCUGUUUCAUGAUGACAUCAUCUUAAUGCGCAGAAUGUUUACUUACAUGUUGCAGUCCAUCUUUAGUGCUGUGCCAGAGAAAUGUUGAUGGAAGACUGAAGGGCAUUCAAUCUGUCCCCUUGCUCUGAAAACACUGAAUGUGAAUAUUUAUUAGCUCUGUGCACUGGCCAAUAAGCCUCAGCCCUAACCACACUCACAGAUCUGUGAGUGUGAUUGCGUGUGGGUUUGGGUGUGUUAGUGAUUUUUUUGUUUAUUGGUUUUAAGUGUUACUUUUUUUUGCGGGGGAAGUGGUGGGGUGUAAAAAAAAAGCAGAAAAAAGUAGAAAGAGAACCUAUGGACUCGGUUUGUCUUUCAACAGACAGAGGGGUGUUCAAAAACCUUUUAAAAAUGGGAGCAGAAAGCAAGGAAGUUGAAAAAAAAGCAUAAAAUAAAUAGAUUCAACCUGUUCAUAAGAUGUAAAAGGAAACCGAUCACCAGACUUUUGUAUUUUUUAAAUAACUAUGGGGGGGG